AUGGAUCCCAGACUCAGUGCCCAAGACAUUCUGCGCUGUAAACUGUGUGACACUCCUAUCCCGCUGAUGUACUGUGCCUUUUGUCAAGUCAGUCUCUGUAAACCAUGUGUUGGAGAGCAUCUUUCUGAUUUAUCCACAGAACAUAAAGUGGUGCCCUUUAAGCAAAGGGGGUUUACUCCUAUUUUGACUAAAUGCCGAGAUCAUAAAUUGAAACAUUGUGAACUUCAUUGUGAAAACUGUCAUAUUCCUGUCUGUUUGCUUUGUAUCUCUUCUGACAAACAUCAAGGGCAUAGAAUAUCCAAUACUUUGCAAAACUUUGCAUUCAAAAAAGAAACAUUACAGAAAGAUUUAACGUUAUUAGUGGAAGUUAUUAGUCCAAAGUAUGAAAACUUAGCGUCGGAAAUAAAGAUGCAAAAAGGGAUUGUUGAAGAAAAAUACAAUGAUUUGACAUUAUCCGUUGUCAAACAUGGAGAGGACUGGCACAGGCAUGUUGAUAUUGCAGUCAGCAAACGCAAAUCUGAAAUUGAAGAGAACAAGACGAAACACCUGUCUGCCCUAAGCAAACAUGAAGUUGAAACGAACCAAAUGUGGUCAUAUGUUAAAAAAAGUAUUACCGAAAUCAAAACAAUACUUAAUUCUGACGAUAUUUCCCUUGUAUCUGAAUAUAAAAGGGAAUCUGAGGCAUUGAAAAAAGUGCCUCCAAAUUUGAAAAUUAUGGGACCACAAUUUGCAUCUGGAGAAAUAGACGACGAAAAGCUUUUACAGUUAUUUGGAAACUUUUCCCCUAUAACUAUUGCCUUCGAAGAUGAAGAGGACUUGACUUUGACGACUGCGGAGGGUACUUCCUUGAUUCUCGAUGUUACUAAAGAGAAGCCAACCUCUCCACAAUCGCUGAAACCACUUAUUUGUGGCUUAGACUCUGGAGAAAUUACAGACACUAUAAAUACUGGAUACCAAAAUCUGCGCAGUGUCAGCUGCCUAAAUGAUGAGGAAAUUUGGACUUGUGGAACAGACAAUAUUAUAUCUCUCUUUAAUUUCCAGAGCCCAUUAUUAAAGAAAGUCAAAACAAUUUCAGGAGGCGAACCCUGGGACAUUACAGUGACAAAAAAUGGAGAACUGAUAUACACAGACGAUGAUGCAGGAACUGUUAACGUUGUGAAAGAUAAAGGAGCUAAGGAAUUGAUAAAGAUGAGAGGGUGGAAGCCCUACAACGUUUGCUGCACAAUGAAUGGAGAUUUAUUAGUCAUCGCUCUUAGUAAAGACUGGAAAAGAACGAAAAUUAUACGGUAUUCUGGAACUACAGAAAAGCAGACGGUAGAGCUAGAUGAUUCAAGAAAGCCUCUUUUCAAGGUUGGAAAGUUUUACAGAUACAUAUUAGAGAACAGAAAUAAAGAUAUCUGUGUAGCUGAUUGUGGAGCUGGCUCAGUGUUUGUGGUCAACUUUGCCGGCAAAGUUCGGUUUAGAUAUUCUUGUCAUUCAUCUAUAACCAAGAAAGAAGCAUUCACGCCACGAGGCAUAACAACAGAUAGCCAAAAGUAG